AUGGCUGCAACAUUAUUGAGAAAUCGCCCCACAUCGUCGUCGGUAUUCAAUUUGUUCACCAAUGCUCUUCGUCGAUUCUCUUCUGGACAGGUUGGGAACACUAUUCCUGAUGAGGCGCGCGAGAGAAUGAUGUAUUCUGAUAUAAACUCGCAGAUCGGAAGUUGUAUGCCUCUCUCUGCAAUGAGAAUUGGAACAAUCAUUCACAACAUUGAGCUGAACCCAGGACAAGGUGGAAAGCUCGUUCGGGCAGCUGGAACCAAUGCAAAGAUCUUGAAAGAGCCGACAUCGGCGUACUGUUUAGUUCAACUUCCGUCUGGUGUUAAAAAGUUGAUUGAUUCUCGAUGCAGGGCUACUGUUGGCACGGUCUCUAAUCCAACUCACGGUGAUCGCAAGCUUAGGAAGGCUGGACAUAGCAGAUGGCUCGGUCGGAGACCGGUUGUUCGGGGUGUGGCUAUGAAUCCAGUUGAUCAUCCUCACGGUGGAGGAGAGGGAAAGAGCAAGAGUAGUGGUGCGUGGGGGAAAGGAUCACGUACUCCUUGGGGUAAGCCAACUAAGGGGGGCUUCAAGACUGGACCUCUUAAACGCAAAAAGUAG